AUGUCCGAUUCGAUUUCGGGAAAACGCGCGAGUGCCAAUCCAGACGGGCCCUCGCGCAAGAAGGCCCGGAAGCAAGACGACGACGACGACGCUGACAGGCACAACCCGUACCUCGCCCACAUGUAUGAGGACGAGGACCAGAACGGCGACAGCAAAGCCAAGGGUGCCGCCCUGCUUUCGGGGCUGAAGCGUCGUCAUACGACGGCCGAGCAGGCGGCCGAGGUCGAGGACCUGUCCGACAACGCCUUCACGGGCCGAAAGCACACGCAGCAAUACUUCCAGAUCCUGAAGUCGCGGCGUGACCUCCCCGUGCACAAGCAGCGACAGGAGUUCCUGGAUAAGUACCACUCGACGCAGAUCCUGGUGUUUGUCGGAGAGACGGGUUCGGGUAAGACGACGCAGAUCCCUCAGUACGUCGUCUACGACGAGCUGCCCAACCUGACCCACAAGCUGGUGGCGUGCACGCAGCCGCGUCGUGUGGCCGCCAUGUCGGUGGCGCAGCGUGUGGCCGACGAGAUGGACGUUCAGCUGGGCGAGGAGGUAGGAUACAGCAUCCGUUUCGAGGACCGGACGGGCCCCAGCACGAUGCUCAAGUACAUGACGGACGGUAUGCUCCUGCGCGAGGCCAUGCACGACCACGAGAUGUCACGCUACAGCUGCAUCAUCCUGGACGAGGCCCACGAGAGGACGCUAGCCACGGAUAUCCUGAUGGCCCUGCUGAAGCAGAUCGCCGCCCGCCGCCCCGACCUCAAGAUCAUCAUCAUGUCGGCCACGCUCGACGCCCAGAAGUUCCAGAAGUACUUCAACGACGCGCCCCUGCUGGCGGUCCCCGGCCGCACGCACCCCGUCGAGAUCUUCUACACGCCCGAGCCCGAGAAGGACUACGUCGAGGCGGCGAUCCGGACGGUGCUCCAGAUCCACGCGUCCGAGCCCGAGGGCGACGUGCUCCUGUUCCUGACGGGAGAGGACGAGAUCGAGGACGCCUGCCGCAAGAUCAGCCUCGAAGCCGAGGAGCUGCAGCGCGAGGUCGAGGCGGGCCCGCUCGUGGUGUACCCCCUGUACGGAACGCUGCCCCCGCAGCAGCAGCAGCGCAUCUUCGACAAGGCGCCGGCGCCGCUGCGCGCGGGCGGCCGGCCCGGCAGGAAGGUCAUCGUGUCGACCAACAUUGCCGAGACGAGUCUGACGAUUGACGGCAUCGUGUACGUGGUGGACCCCGGAUUCAGCAAGCAGAAGAUCUACAACCCGCGCAUCCGUGUCGAGUCGCUGCUGGUGUCGCCCAUCUCCAAGGCGUCGGCGCAGCAGCGGGCAGGUCGCGCCGGUCGUACCAAGCCGGGAAAGUGCUUCAGGCUGUACACGGAGAACGCGUUCAAGAAGGAGCUGAUCGAGCAGACGUACCCGGAGAUCCUGCGGUCGAACCUGGCCAACACGGUCCUGGAGCUGAAGAAGCUCGGGGUCGAGGACCUGGUGCACUUUGACCUGAUGGACCCCCCGGCGCCCGAGACGAUGAUGCGGGCGCUCGAGGAGCUCAACUACCUGGCGUGCCUCGACGACGAGGGCGAGCUGACGACGCUGGGCAGCAUGGCGUCCGCGUUCCCGCUGGACCCGGCGCUGGCCGUCAUGCUCAUCUCGUCGCCCGAGUUCUACUGCUCCAACGAGAUGCUGUCCAUCACGUCGCUGCUGUCGGUGCCGCAGAUCUUCGUCCGGCCGGCCAACAACCGGAAGCGCGCCGACGAGAUGAAGGCCCAGUUCGCCCACCCGGACGGCGACCACCUGACCCUCCUCAACGCCUACCACGCCUUCAAGGGCCAGUCCACCUCCAACCCGGCCGCCGUCAAGCAGUGGUGCCACGACCACUUCCUCUCCUUCCGCCACCUGUCCAGCGCCGACAACGUCCGCGCCCAGCUCAAGCGCAUCAUGGAGGUCAACGAGCUCGAGCUCGUCUCCACCCCCUUCGAGGACAAGAACUACUACAACAACAUCCGCCGCGCCCUCCUCGCCGGCUUCUUCAUGCAGGUCGCCAUGAAGGAGUCGGCCGGGAAGGUCUACCGCACCGUCAAGGACGAGCAGGCCGUCCUCAUCCACCCUUCCACCGUACUCCGCACCGAGUUCGACUGGGUCCUCUACAAUGAGUUUGUCCUCACCUCUAAGCAGUAUAUUCGUACCUGCACCGGUAUCCGUCCUGAGUGGCUUCUGGAAAUUGCACCAGUAUACUACGACAUCGACACCAUGGAGGAUAACGAGAUGAAGAGGUCUCUGCAGCGCGCUGCGGAGAAGAAGCGCCGCAAGGCUGCCAUGAAGGCGAGCCGGUAA